AUUUUCUUGUGGAUCAGAAUGAAAUAACUGAUGAAGAGUCGGAUGAUGAAGAGUCAAUAAGUAGCACAGAUAGUGAAGAAAUCGACGAAAAAGAACUUAUUACAUUUUAUUUUAACCGUGGUUUUAGCUAUAAUGAAAUAAUUCAAUUUCUUGCAAAACAGCAUAAUUUUUCUAUAAGCUAUAGGACACUCUGCAGACGUUUAAAGUCAUAUGGCCUUUACAGGCAGGGAUUCAACGAACAAGUUAAUUCAGAGGACAUCUUAGAGAUAGUGAGACGACGGAUAACUGAAAUUAUAAAUGGACCUGGAUCCUGUGGUGGUUACAGAACAGUCUGGCACACCUUAAAGAUGGAAGGUCUGCAGGUCCCCCGAAUUGUUGUUCAAGAAAUACUAAAAGAGCUAGAUCCAGAGGGAACAGAGCGCAGGAAGGCUCACAGGUUAAAGCGAAGGCAGUAUCAUAAUCCUGGCCCAAACCAUUCAUGGCACAUGGAUGGGUAUGAUAAACUUAAGCCAUUUGGCUUUCCUGUCCAUGGAGCCAUUGAUGGAUUCAGUAGAAAAAUUUUGUGGUUAAACGUGACUCGCUCCAAUAAUUCUCCAGACAAUAUUGCUCAAUACUAUUUAAAUGCUGUAGGUGAAUUUAAUGGGUGUCCAAAAGUAUUAAUAACAGAUAUGGGUACUGAGAAUGGAUUGGCAGCAUCAAUCCAGUGUUAUUUUAGGGAUGAACUUGAAGCUCAUCGCUAUGUGCCAUCGACACGAAAUCAACGCAUAGAAGCGUGGUGGUCAUUUUUUGUCCGAAAUAGGUCAUCAUGGUGGAGGAAUCACUUCAAAGACAUGGAGUCAGAAGGAAUGUUAGAUUGUGCUGCUGAAAUAAGUAUGGAAUGUCUUUGGUAUUGCUUCGCAGAGCUUAUUCAAAAGGACUUAGAUUUUGUAAAAGAGCAUUGGAACUGUCACCGAAUUAGAAAAUCAAGGCAUGAUACAAGAUCAGGGCGUCCCGAUUCUCUUUUCUUCCUACCAGAACAUCAUGGUGCUAUUAAUCUUUUGAGUAUGGUUCCUCAAGAAGAGAUUGACUAUGUUUCCCAGCAUGUAGUGUAUAGAAACAGCCGAAAUGAAUAUCAAGAAUACUUCGACUAUGUAAUGGCAACCUUGGGACUAAACAGACCAACAAAAUGGGAAGAAGCAGACAAUUUGUACUGUCAGCUUAUGGCAAUCGCCGAAAAUGGUGCAUGA